AUGUCUCUCCCACAACGAGCGCUGGGCCGAAAUGGCCCUCCAGUUUCUUCCAUCGGCCUCGGAUUCGGCAGCCUCAGUGGAUUCUACGGAGCACCAGGCACUCGCGCCAAGAAACUAGCUCUUCUGGAUCAUGCGUACAACGCUGGCCUGCGCUUCUGGGAUCUAUCCGACGUCUAUGGCGACUCUGAGGAAGUUGUCGGAGAAUGGUUCAAGCGGUCGGGCAAGCGUGACGAGGUGUGCUUAUGCACCAAGUUUUCGCUUCAACGACAACCAGAUGGAAAGCAUACAUUCCGCUCCGACCCAGAUUUUGUGAAGGAAUCAUGCGACAAAAGCCUUGAAAGAAUGGGCGUGAACACCAUUGACCUUUACUAUUGCCACAUGGUAGACGGUGUUACACCUAUUGAAAGGACUGUCGAGGCUGUGAUGGAGCUGAAGAAGGAAGGUAAAAUACGCCAUAUUGGACUGUCCGGGGUCUCUGCAAACACGCUGCGUCGAGCACACGCAGUUCAUCCAAUUGCAGCUCUGCAGUGGGAAUACAGUCUCUUCACACUAGACAUCGAGUCAUCAACAUCAAAUGUUUUAAAGACUUGUCGCGAGCUCGGUGUCAGUCUCGUUGCUUUCAGUCCCAUUGGGCGUGGCGUCUUGACCGGCCAGUUCCAAUCACACCAGGAUAUUCCGGAAGGCGACCUGCGACGCUUUUACCCCAAGUACGCUGAGGAGAAUUUUCCGGAAAUCAUGAAACUCGUUCAGGUUAUUCGAGAGGUGGCCGAUACUCAUCAAACUACACCAGCACAGGUUGCUCUUGCUUGGCUGCUGGCACAAGGGCCAGAGAUUAUCCCUAUCCCAGGGACUAAAACGGCUGCUAGGAUGGACGAGAAUGCAGCGUCUGCAAUGCUUCAGCUGAGCGACGAAGAAUUGAAGAAGAUUCGUGAUCAGGCGGAGGCUGUGGAUAUUGAAGGCACUCGGUAUCCUACUGCCGUGAUGGCUACUCUGAAUCAAGAUACUCCACCACUGCAAACGAGCGAGUGA